AUGAAACGACUUCUCGCGGGCGUUGCCCACAGGGCAGCAUCGACCUUGACCAAGGAGGCCGGUGACAUCAGUUCGGUCUUCCCGUCACUGUCUGGCAAAAAGGCCGAUCCACUACCGUCUCGGUUUAGUGAGUUGAAAAAGUCGUUGAUUAAGGGUAACGAAGAGGCAAUCACUGCAUCCUGGCAAAGGCUCCUUGCCAGCCUCAAGAAGGAGAUUGAAGAGAUAAAGUCAGAGGGCAGCAAUAUCAUACCCAGCAUCGACUACGAAAAGGUCGCAUCUGGCACUGUCACUCGUGAUCAGAUUGAAGCCAUACGCCAUCGAGGCACCGCAGUCAUUCGCAACGUCUUGCCCCGAGACGAGGCAUUGGUGUUGAAGCAGCAGGCCCUUGACUAUAUCGCUGCCAAUCAGUCCAAGGUCAAGGCCUUCCCGCCGGACAGCCCGGCAGUGUACGAGUUAUAUUGGACACCAUCACAAGUUCAAGCUCGUGCGCAUCCAAACAUGCUAAAAGCACAGUCAUUCCUGGCUUCCUUCUGGCAUUCGUCCGAUCCGAAAUCACAAAUUUCAACCACUUACCCUCUGUCCUAUGCCGACCGUUUUCGCAUCCGACAACCAGGUGAUGCCAAAUUCGCACUGGGCCCGCACACUGACGGCGGCAGUCUUGAGCGGUGGGAAGACCCAGAAUACUCCCGGGUAUAUCAAACCAUCCUGGACGGUAACUGGGAAAACUAUGAUCCAUACGACGCCCGCCACCGGAUCAACGCGCGGAUGGAUUUGUACAAUGGCGCCGGCGCAUGCAGCAUGUUCCGCCUGUUCCAAGGAUGGUUGAGUAUGUCGUCGACUGGACCAGGACAAGGCACGCUCAAAGUAUGCCCUUUGGUGAGACAUGCGACGGCUUACCUGAUCAUGAGGCCAUUCUUUGACCCAGCGUCGGGCAAGAUGAAUCUGGACGCGACAUUUCCUAAUUCAGUUCCUGGCGCAUGUCAAGAGUACAACAUGGAAACGCAUCCCGACCUGGACCUUGAGACCACCAUGGUCAGUAUGCCCCAAGUCGAGCCGGGCGAUUAUGUUGCAUGGCACUGCGAUAUGAUUCACGCAGUAGACAAGGAGCACCACGGAACCGGAGAUAGCAGUGUCUUGUACAUACCUGCUUGUGCUAUGACACGAACCAAUAUUGAGUUCUUGGACAGACAGCGUACAAGUGCGUUGAGGUAUAGUCCCCCGCCGGACUUCCCGGGCGCGGGUGGCGAUGGGGAACUCGGCUUCAAAGAUGCUGUAGAUUGGGCGAAGGUCAAUGAAGAAGGAUUGAGGGCUAUGGGCUUGGGCAAGAUGUUAUGGGACAUCAAAACCGGCAUGACCCAGGGAGAAAGAGUCAUAGUUGACGAGGCUAACCGCACCCUGUUUGGAUGA